CCCGCCCGCUCCCAUCCUCGCACGGAAUGACUGACUGCGAAGCUCCGGCGGAGCAGCCGCGGUGGCGCAAGCGGGAGCGGCGGGAGGAGUGCUGAAGACAGCGGCCGAGCCGGAGUGGACGCCGCGUCGGGACCAGCCCGCAGCUCCAAGGUAGCGACGCGGUGUGCCCGGCUCGCGUGGGGCCUGGACUGAGCGCGACCAGGCUGCUAAAUUGGCUACCACAGUGAAACUCUUGGGGUCCCAAUGGGGGACUCAGGAUCAAGACGAUGUACUCUGGUCUCCCGGUUGCCAAUAUUCAGGAAAAGUAUUAGCAGAAGACAUGAUUCUCUCCCUUCUUCACCCUCCUCCAGUAACACAGCUGGUGUGCACAGCUCCUCCCCUUCCAGCACUAAUUCAAGCUCAGGGAGCACGGGGAAACGCAGGAGCAUAUUCCGUGCUCCCUCUAUCAGCUUCCACCAUAAGAAGGGGAGUGAACCUAAGCCAGAACCCACUGACCAGAACCUUAGUAUUUCCAAUGGUGCUCAACCCAGUCACGGCAAUAUGCAGAAACUAAGUUUGGAGGAACAAGUCAAAACCAGGGGAAGACACUCUGUGGGUUUUAGCAGUUCACGAAGUAAGAAGAUAACAAGGUCUUUGACAGAAGAUUUUGAAAGGGAAAAGGAGCCUUCAACUAAUAAGAAUGUCUUUAUAAAUUGUCUAAGUUCUGGCAGAAGUGAAGGAGAUGAUUCUGGAUUCACAGAAGAACAAAGUCGCCGUUCUAUUAAACACUCAACCAAGAAGUUACUCCCCAAAUCCUUUUCAUCUCACUAUAAGUUUUGUAAGUCGGUUCCUCAGAGCCAAACCACAUCAUUGAUACAGCAGCCUGAAAUCUCGCUGGCAAUUGCGCAAUACCAAGAGCAGGAAGCCGCCUUAGGGAGACCUUCCCCAUCUUGCUCUGUGGAUGUAACAGAGCGCGCAGGAAGUUCCUUACAGUCGCCUCUGCUUUCUGCUGACCUGACCACAGCUCAGACCCCUUCAGAAUUUUUGGCCUUGACUGAAGAUUCUUUGUCUGAGGCAGAUGCCUUUCCUAAAAGUGGAAGCACGGCAUCACACUGCGACAACUUUGGCCACAAUGAUGCUACCUCUCAGCCCACUCCCAGUCUUACUGCUGUCACAAAGACAAAGAUGGAAUUUGUGGGGACUGUGCCCUGUAUGAUGAUGUCUCCGGGGAGGUACAGGCUAGAAGGUCGGUGCAGCACUGAACUGCAUUCUUCACCAGAGACCCCUGCUGGUAACCGGAGCGAAGUGUUACUACAAGGCACUGAGCCCUCUGUUAGGAAUGGGAGUGAUCCAGAGACCCAUUUACCAGCAGAUCAUCAAAGAGGAGAGAGCCCCUUGGCACAUGCUGGUGAACCAGUGCUGAGGACAAGCUCACCCAGGACACUGGGCUCCUGUGACCAGCACAAGGCAUUGGCUGAACGCUUUAAAGGGGUCCACCCUGUUUCGGAUUCAAGGGUUAUCCCUUCUUCCUCUGGGGAUCAUCAUGUUUUUAACAGAACAUCUUAUGGAUAUGAAGCGAGUGCUGCCAAAGUUCUUGCCAGUAGCCUCAGUCCAUACCGCGAAGGAAGAUCUAUAGAGCGGCGGCUGCGAUCCUCGUCUGAAGGGACAGCCGGGAGCGGCAGAAUGGUCUUAAAGCCAAAGGAUGGGCAUGUGGAAGCCAGCAGCUUGAGAAAGCACAGAACGGGGUCCUCCUCUUCCAAAAUGAACAGUCUGGAUGUCUUAAAUCAUCUGGGAUCCUGUGAACUGGAUGAAGAUGAUCUAAUGCUUGAUUUAGAAUUUUUAGAGGAACAGAAUCUUCAACCUCCAGUUUGCCGGGAAGACUCCUGCCACUCUGUAAUGUCCUGUGCAGCCGUCCUUCUUAGCCCAGUGGAUCCAGCAAAAGAAGUGAAUAUGCUAGAAGAACCAAAAUGUCCUGAGCCUUCUAAACAGAACCUUUCCCUGAGAAUAACAAAAGACACUGAUCAAGAGGCCCGGUGUUCCCAUGUCAACCGCAUGCCCAACAGUCCCUCUGCAGAUUGGCCCCUGCAGGGUGUGGAGGAAAAUGGAGGCAUAGAUUCUCUGCCAUUCAGACUGAUGCUCCAGGAGUGCACGGCAGUGAAGACGCUGCUACUGAAGAUGAAGAGAGUGCUGCAAGAGAGUGACGUGAGCCCUGCCAGCAGCACCACCUCACUUCCCAUCAGCCCUCUGACUGAAGAGCCGCUACCUUUCAAGGAUAUAACGAGAGAUGAAUGCUCGAUGCUGAGGCUACAACUGAAGGACAGGGAUGAGCUUAUUUCUCAGCUUCAGGCAGAGCUGGAAAAGGUGCAGCAUUUACAGAAGGCAUUUGCUUCAAGAGUAGAUAAAUCCACGCAGACUGAGCUUCUAGGCUGUGAUGGUUUAAGCCUGAAACGACUGGAGGCUGUACAAGGAGGGAGAGAGACUACACACCGAAAUCGAACCAUGAGUCAAAGUCACAGCACAAGGGACAGAAAAGCAAUACAUACUCCCACCGAGGACCGUUUUAGAUACUCUACAGCUGACCAGACAAGUCCCUACAAGAAUAUCUGCCAACUCCCAGGUCUGUGUCUAAGCAAUUUCUUGAAGGACAAGGAAUUAGGAGGAGUUAUGAAACACACAAGGGGAAACCACGAAGUUGUCACAUCAGAACUGACUCAGAACUCCAGGACAACUAUGGGACAGAACUUUCUGAAGCCAGCAGCUAAGCCAGAAGGGCUGCCCAUGUUCUCAGAAAAACCAAAGGACCCAGCAGCCCUGUCCCGACAGCAUUCCACCUUCACAGGCAGAUUUGGACAGCCACCCAGAGGACCUAUCUCCUUACACACAUACAGCAGGAAGAAUGUUUUUCUCCACCACAAUUUACAUACAACAGAGUUCCAGACUCUGGGCCAGCAGGAUGGGUAGAAAAAUCUAUACCCUAUGAACAAUAGAGAUGACUAUUGUUCCAUGUGUCAUCUAAGAGUGGUCAUGCCCAUUUUACUACUUUUAUUUUUAGCUGUAAGCAAAGACG